GACAUACUCUAGAUCCGCCCCUGAUGGACAGUGCAAUAAAAAAUGAACCACAACCAAGAUGGCAGCGCAAAACUGAAGACGAAUUUUGUGAACAAUCAGCAAAAGCAUUGACACCAAAUAGAUUCGUCAACCGAAGCACCAGUAAAACACCUUCACGAACGCCAAAUAAGAAAACGCCAGGCAAACAAAAAACUCCCAAAACGCCUUCUGGUGAUCGUUUUAUACCGAAUAGAACUUCGAUGGACAUGGAUUCAUCUUACUUUAAAAUGAUGAGCAAAAACGAAAGGGAACAAGAGAAUGAAGGUUGUGUGUCAAAAGAUGAAUACAGAAAGAUCAUGAGCGAAAACUUGAGUUCGAAAGAAUUGAAUGCCAAAGUAUUGACCCUUUCCAAGAAAGCUCCAACUCCAAGAGAGGAAACUGAAGUGCUUACAUCUUCUGAUGGAAGGGAUCAUGUGAUGUCUAAUGAAAAUGAUCUUACUCCAUGGGAAGCGCUGAAAACAUCAAUCCUACGCUUCAACUAUCGUUUAUAUUUUGCCCUGUUUCUGACAGACGCCCUUCCCACGAUUUACACGACAGUUCGUAUUCAUUAUCUGGGGCAGUUGCCUAACGCUAGUAGUUUGAAUGUAGCUUCACAACUUAUGUGGGUGACUGCUAUUCUAGAAGUAAUACAAGAGGGAUUAGUCAAGCCUUUGUACUUCUGUAUCGGGCAAACAAUAAACAUUGCUCGCGAAACUCAAAACAAAGUGAGAAGUGGAUUGUUGGUCACUUUUUUGAUAUACUUAUGUACUGCAGGAAUUAUCGCUUACGCUGCAGAUCCCCUUUCCAAAUGGUUAGCCCAAGAUAAGAAGCUGAUUAAUCAGACGGUCACCUAUGUACGCCUUGAAUUAAUCGGGUUAGUCAUCUUCAAUUUGGUUGAAUUUUUCAUGGUCGUGUUUGUUCUCCUAAAUGCACAGCUGCAUAUUUAUAUGAUCCUUAUAAUAAGGAUGGCCUUGUCCAUCAUUCUUGACACAUUCUUUCUAAGUGAAUCCAAUAGUUUUUCUCUCAAACUCGGCGUUAAUGGUAUAGCCUGCACAAACAUUGCAACAUCCACGAUAACUUUCAUUUACGCCAUGGCUGUAUUUUUCAAGGCCUAUGGCUGUCGCCUAACGUGGCCAAAUUUUGCUUGGCUGCGUUGCUGGUCUGGUGUGGGUAUAUUUUCUGGUGCAGAUGCAUUUAUAAGAAACAUGGCUUAUCUUCUUAUGGUUAUUAGAAUGCUCAAUGUGGUGGAGAAGCAAGGAAUCUAUUGGUUAGCCAACUCUUUUGUUUGGUCAUGGCUUCUUUUACCAUAUCUAUCACUUUCCAAAGCUUUAAUCCAAGAUACAUCGAAUAUCGAUGGUGAAAUUGAUCACCGCAUCAAGACAUUAGCUUACUACUUCAUUGCAGCGUGCAUUGCUUUCUUAUGGUGUGUCACUAUUCCUGGGUGGAAUUUUUUUUUUAAAUCCGUUCUCAAUAUCAAUGAUACAAAAAGUGUGUUUGAAGUUGCUGCCAUUAUUGCUCCAUUCUAUAUGUUGUAUAUGGUGAAUACUUUAAUGGACAGUGUCUUUUAUGGAAAAGGUGAAACUCAAAUGUUAGCGAUACAGUCAAUUAUAACAAAUAUAAUGGUGAAUGGCACCGCUUUCGUUUUGUUUGAAACGAAAGUGUUUCAUCCGUCAUUAUUGAGCAUUACUUUUCUCUUUGGAGCUGGUGUUGCAGUGGAUUCAUUCUUAACUUUUGGCCUUUACUAUUGGUUUCUCCGCAAGGUGAAUUUCAAGUUAUAAGUCGCUACGUGCGGUUGAAAAAAGGACUCAACUUAUUUUUCACUUCAAAUAUAUACAAUUUUCUGCACAAUUGAGACUAUCGACAAUUGCUUUUGAGCCCUACUGGCCUAUGGAUUAGAAAAAACAAAAAUAGAUUACUUUUUACUCAUGAGAUCGAACGCUCAAGACUGUUUUGCAGAAAGACAUGCACGUUUCGGUUCUAACGAUUUUUCAAAAUUAACUAAAAUACAAAUUUUAUUUUGUAGUAAAAUGAUUUCAAAAUUUCAAGUUUAGUCCUUGCAAAUCCUGCUUAUUAAUGUUUUAAUCACACUAUCACAGCAAGUGUUGUUGUACGUCAAUCAUGUAACUACAUAAUUUUCCAAUAAAUCAUCGGUAAUCUACGUAUUUACAGAAAUGUUAUAGUAUGUAAGUUAAUCCUGUAACUAUAGUAAUGUUCUACAACCAAUUUAACCCCAUAUUCACAUCAAUGUUCAAGUUGAUUCAUCGUGUGUAAAAUGUGUAACAAGAAAAUUUUCAAGGUGCUUAAUUGAGAAAA